UCAAGCAACGACCGCGCAGCUGCUAACUGGCGAGUUUGACGGACUCAGGGUCCUCGCUGCGUGGACGUAAUAGCGCUGUAAAACUGUUAUUAAAUCCCUGAUGCCUCCUCUGCCCGCAGAGCAUCCAGCUUGAAGUUUCGAACUCCCAGUCUCCCACUAUUAGCAAGCAAAACCAAGCGGAUCAAAAGGACGUACUUCCUGUGGGAAGAGAGGGUUGUGUGGAGGAGCCAUGGGUUUGGAUACGCCUUCAUGCCAUUUUGACUCUAGAAGAGCAACAAUUGUAUGCUAUUUGGCUAAACUAUUGUUCCCAAUAUCUGGGUUCACAUGCCUCCUACUGCUUGUCUACGUUUUAUUCUUUAAGAAGAAGACUUCAAGAAGAGCACAUCUACCGCAACUUUCUUUUGGUGAGCAUUUUGUGAAAGUUACUUACAAUGAUCUAGCCCAAGCAACAGGCGGUUUCUCAGAAUCCAACUUGAUUGGAAGAGGAAGCUAUGGAUCGGUUUACAGUGGGAAAUUGAUGGAAAUUAAGAUUGAAGUGGCUGUCAAGGUUUUUGACCUUGAGAUGCAAGGAGCGGAGACAAGCUUCUUGGCAGAGUGUGAAGCGCUAAGAAGUAUUCAUCAUCGAAAUCUUGUUUCCAUCGUAACUGCAUGCUCAAGUAUAGAUAUGACAGGCAAUUCUUUCAAGGCUUUAAUUUAUGAGCUCAUGCCUAAUGGGAACCUGGAUAAAUGGAUACAUCCCAAAGGUGACGAGACAGUUCCAAAGCGUCUAAGCUUAACUCAAAGAAUUGCAGUUGUCGUCAAUGUAGCUGAUGCAUUGGAUUACUUACACCAUGACUGUGGAAGGCCCACUGUCCAUUGUGACUUGAAGCCGAGCAACAUCCUUCUCGAUGACGAUAUGAAUGCUCUCUUGUCAGAUUUUGGCAUUACACGUCUCUACGCCAAUCCUCAGUCAAUUUGGGCAGGUUCAAUUAGUUCGAUCGGUGUUAAGGGGACAAUUGGUUAUAUCCCUCCAGAGUAUGGAGGCGGUGGCCCUGUAUCGACGUCCGGGGAUGUUUAUAGUUUUGGAGUGGUGUUCUUAGAGAUUUUGACAGGUAAAAGGCCAACAGAUCCUAUGUUCACCGGGGAACUAGACAUCAUUAGCUUCGUCAAGAACAAUUUUCCGCAUCAAAUAUUUCACAUUAUCGAUUCACAUCUUGUGGAAGAAUGCGAGCAUUUAAUUCAGGACAAUAAAGUAACAAACGACGAAAUGUACCCAUGCCUGGUGGCUCUACUGCAAGUAGCACUUUCUUGCACGCGCUCAUCACCAUCUCAACGGUCGAACAUGAAGGAGGUAGCAAGAAAACUGCAUGCAAUCAGGACGUCACAAAUUGGAUAGAAAUCCAAGUAAGAUUAGGUGUACUCCCUCGACUAGGAUCGUAAAAAUGUACUCUAGCGUAAAAAUAAGUGGUGUUCAUCUAGUGUGUGCAUAUACUUCAAUUGUACAAAAAUAUAGAUGCACCUAUACUUUGUGAA